UUUUAGACAUAUUCCGCAAACCUGGCAAACCUGCAAGAUCAAGCUGCUCUGCGCUGACAGUACCGUGCGCUUUGACAGCGAACUGGCAGCGGAAACCGCGGAAACAGGAAUAGCAAGCCACCAGCUGCUCCGUGUCUGACACCGCCUGUCAAAACAAAAACGUCAUCUUCUGGAGGCAACCAUACAGUAUUGCUGUAGCCUACCUUGUCGCGGGACAAGUAUUGUCCCAUCACAAACGGGCUGACCUUAUUUAGUCUACUUCGCUGUGACCGGCAUGCUACUGCUGGUCUUAGCUGUCCCGCGUCAGCAGCUGUCCUGUUGCGUAGGUUCGGUGAUGGCAACUAACUCCCGGCUGUAAUCAUUAUUUAAUCAGCUUGUUUAUACGUUCGAGAGCGGGGCAGCAUCAAGGAGUGAUUGUUUGUUCGCCAGUAAUGCAGCAGUCGGAAAACAGCGCAGGGGAGGCUGCGGUAGAGCUUACCGACCUUCCCAACGCGCUUAUCGCAUGUAAAGUACUGGAGGAUGUCUUCAAUGACGACCAAUUGAAGGCUCGGUUUGAAGCCGUGUUCCUGGCCUUCGAUGCCGGCACAACGUUCCAGUUCUUCAAGAGUUUCCGGCGCGUGCGCGUCAACUUCACCGAUGCCCUGGCCGCGGCCGAGGCUCGCGAGAAGCUGCACAAGAGCGACUUCAACGGCAAAGAGAUGCGCCUGUACUUCGCACAGUCGGUCCACAUCGGCAGCCCCAGCCUGCAGCCUCCCAAGCCGGACAAGCAGUUCCUCAUCUCCCCGCCGGCGUCCCCUCCGGUGGGCUGGCAGCAGACGCCCGACGCCCAGCCGCUCAUCAACUACGACCUGCUGCGUGCCGUCUCCAAACUGGGGCCAGGGGAGCAGUACGAGCUCCAUACCGGCACCCCCACCACCCCCAGCGUGAUCGUGCACGUGUGCGAGACCGAGGAGGACAGCUCCGAGGGCGAGGCCGACGGGGGCGCGGACGGCGGCGGCGAGGGGGGCAAGCAGCGCGCGCGCCCCAAGAUCAUCCAGACCCGCCGCCCGGACUUCACCCCCGCCGUCACGCAGUGAGCCGCCGCGUCGGGGGUCCCAGAGUUUUUUUCGAAAGCCUUGUGGCGGCGUUGUUUGGUUCGCCACGCAAGCUGCUGUCUCUCUAUUUGUCAUCCCAAGCACCAGGGGGUGCUGGAGGGGGGGUGGGGCGGGGGGGAGGGGGAGAGCCUGCCCCCCCUACACACACACAUCACAGCCGGAGACGCCAGCAGCAACUCUUCAUCCGAAAAUACGCUUUUCCUCUCUUCCCCCCUUCCUACUUCUCCCCCCAUCUCCCUCUAGCAUACGCAGAGGACCGGAGAUCCGUCGCAUCUGGGAUAAGGUCAUAACAAUGUAAACUGUUUUGUUUGUUUUUGUUGUUUUUUUUCUAAAAAUCACAGCAGAUGUUGUGUCUCUCUCUCUCUCUCUUUUUUUUUUUUUGGUCUCUUGCUCUGUUUGUGAUCCAGGACAACUGUGAGAGGGAGGACGAGGGACUGUACUCGCUGUUUUUGUGUGGGGGCUUUAACGCCUCCGUCGCCUGUGCUGAAUACAGCUCUGCCUUUCAGACAGGCGUAUGAGAGCAGUUGUGUUGACCGCUGUAAAAUACUGUGUCUUUGUGUUCAGUGGAUGAUCGUCUCUUGCAUUGUACAGCCUCUCAAGGUUAUGGGGGAGGUUCUUUUUUCUGUAUUUGCCACUAUGAUCUUUUGUGUCGUCUGUAAUGUAAAACAAACAUACAUACAAACAAACAAACAAACAAACAAACAAACAAAAAAAAACGUUUAUCAUCUCUGACUCAAACGUAGCUCUGUGUCGUCGUCUCCAAAAGGGUCUGACCAGUUAUGUCCUGUCGAGAUUACCGCAGACAUGUAUGAGUCUAACAGCAUGGUGCACUUUAAGAGGGAAGCCUUAACCUAUAUUACGCUAUUUAGACAACUCAAUCUAGCUAGAACUGCGCACAAUUAGAUAGGAGAUGAAUAGGUGAUUCAUCACGACUUGUCAUACCAAACCUGGAAGGAGGACGGUAGGAUACUUGACAAAGUUGAGUUAAUUUACACAAGUGGGUUCAUUUUACAUAAGUGGUAUAAGAACAGCAUUAUGUAGCUCUUUUUGAUGUGCUAGGAAAUCCAUUUUGAAUAAAGAUAUCUUGCUCGUAAGCAUUGGAUUUCAACCUAAAUAAAAUGAUCUAUACCAAAGAAUGUGUCGUGAAGAUGA